UGUGCACUGAAUUUUGGGCUGGCGAUGGUUGGCGGUAGAUGCACGUGUGGGGAGGUUUAAACUGUGAAGCACGGAAUUAUGGAGUGCGUUAUUUAUCGAACUGCAAGACGUAUAAUGUUUACUGAGCUGUUGGAGUCUGGAGUUGCACAAUUUGUCUUCGAAAUCGAUUUUAAGUAAUAAAGACUACGAGACAGUUAAGGUUGUGUUAAGGUUUCUACACCUCACUAGACUCUAUAGGAGGAUAUAAUCGUUAGGCGGAUUUUUUCAAACCGUUUUAGUUGCGUUUAGAUGCGUUUUAGUCUGCCGCAAAUCAUAAAAGAGGGAGAAUAAAUGAAACAGGCACCUUUAAAGACAGCUCGGCGCUUACUAGGAGGAGUCCCUUUAUGGGUCCUUGCGUUGCUUAGAGACGCGUUGUUGUCGUGCAUGUUCAGUGAAUUUUCUCGAGCCAAACCGAUAAUUUUCAUCAGAGAAUAGCGAUGUUUUUCUCGUUUACAAUCCAGCCGUGAAUUCAAACAAAUUGUCGACGAGCAUUAAGUGCAUCUGCCUGGGAUUAGCUGUUCGUGUGAUGGAGUAAAGCAGCAGCGACUGUCAUCAUCGUCUAAUCCCGCGGCGUUAAGAGGCUCAGUGUUUAAACUCCUGCUGCUCUCUAUCUCGCGAUGGACGCAGGAGACAUUUCCGAUCUGGACCUGGACAAAUACGACGCCGACGAGCAGGUCAAAAUCAUCUGCCUCGGAGACAGCGCUGUGGGCAAAUCCAAGCUUAUGGAGAGAUUCCUUAUGGAUGGAUAUCGUCCUCAGCAGCUCUCCACAUACGCAUUGACUCUCUACAAAUACACCACCACUAUCAAUGGGCAAACUGUCCUGGUUGAUUUCUGGGAUACUGCAGGACAGGAACGUUUUCGAAGCAUGCACCCGUCAUACUACCACAAAGCCCACGCCUGUAUCAUGGUGUUUGAUGUCCAGAGGAAAAUCACAUAUAAGAACCUCCCAAUUUGGUACAAAGAACUGCGAGAGUACCGGCCAGAGAUUCCCUGUCUGGUGGUCGCUAACAAGAUCGAUGCUGACAUGAAGGUCACCCAGAAGAAUUUCAACUUCGCUAAGAAACAAGGUCUGCCCUUCUACUUUGUAUCUGCUGCUGAUGGGACCAAUGUGGUCAAGGUGUUUAAAGACGCCAUUCAGAUGGCUCUGUCCUACAAGAGGAACUCCAACGACUUUAUGGAUGAAGUUAUGAGGGAGCUAGAGAACUUUGAUUUAGACAGUAAAGAAGAAUCGUCUGAUAAAGAUGAGGAGACACAAGAGGGAAAACCAGACUCGGCGUGAUCACGUCACGUUCUCCAUCCAUCGUUCUCUCAUUCUCAUUCUCUGCUGCUCCCGCACUUCUACUGAUGAGUUCCUCAGAUCAUGGCUGUCCUCCCACCGUCCUGAGCUGCUACUCUACCUCACACCACUCAAAGCGUGUCUCUUCAUCAAAUAAAUUACGAUUCUGUGAAUGUACAGCUGAUUGACCUGAUAAUGGAAUCACAACGCACUCAGAUUUGAUGCUUAUUGUGCAGAUGUAGUAAAAGCACUCUGUCUGGAACGUGAAGCUUUGUGCCGAAUGUAACAUGAAAUAUUUUUAAAAAUAAUUUAAUAGUUGCACAUUUCAAGGAAUUUGUACCAGUAUCGGUAAACUACUUGAUCUUUUUGCAAGGGUAGUUAAAUUAUACUGUUCUUUAAAACAUUUAAUACAUUUUUAUUAGUGUAAAAGUUUAUGUCCACGGUAUUUGCCAACUAAACAGAUUUUUAUAUUAAAAGUGAUUUGUUGCAAGCGCAUCAGAGCGCAGGACAAGACUCUCCUCGGGGACGGAUGAGAAGACAGCCAUGACACAAACUCAGUGCAGCGGACGAAUGAGUGUUUGUGUGGAUGUGAAAACCAGAGCAAAGAAACAGCAGAGACCGCUCCGGACGAUCACAAGCCUGCCGGGUUACAGUUCAGGCUGUGAAACACUGUCUCGAAACGAUACACUUGAAAAUGUGCAGCUUUCAGUCUUUGGUAAAGCUUUCAUGUGCCACAUCUGCAUGCAGCUGUCUGACGAGCUGUGGAAGUUCAGGAGUGCAAUGUCACGUUACAACAAAACGGUCCCAUAUUUUUAAGUACUGAUUAUAAAUGAUUUAAGUUUUAAUGUUUAUCAUAGUUGUCUUUUCUAAUGAAUGUAAUUUAUGCAGAUUACGUUCGGAUAGAUGUUUCUCGUGCUUAGUUGUAAUAAUAACGCAGAAAUUGUCCUAAAAUUAUGAGAAAAAUAGACACAUUUUGGCAGGUUUCGUACACAAAAUUAAAAAAAAAUGAUGACCCAGAUAUUUCUUAAUGAGUUUCCCCUAUAGAUACAAUAAAUAAUUAUUACUGUAAAGAGCAUUUAUAUAUAUUCAUAUUGUACAAACUGUGAAGGUUUUUUUUUUUUCGAUUAUUGCUUUUGGUUUGUGUUUUGUGAUGUUUUGCACAAGUGCUUUAUAUAUGGAACAUACAUCCAUGUUGGUGAAUUCAAAUAGAAGCAGCUUAGUACUCGACAUGAAUGUGUACGGUAUCUGAACUGGAUACAACUUUUACGUCAUUAGAAAUACGUUCUUAUUUCUGAAGCCUCUGGUGGUUUCAUGUUAUGUACACUCAUUUGUUCUGUAAGCAAAAUGUGGUUCAUAUUAAAGAAAUUUAAACAA